AUGACCCAGUCGUCUCCUCCAGCUGCUCCCGAGCAGAACAUUAGAGCAGAAUCCAGCAGAACCAGCAGAACGCCGGGGCUCUUCAGACUGGUAAUGAUGGCCGCGGUACUGAGAGCUCAGUUUGGCAGGAAGGCAGAGCUGGAGGACAGCAGAAGCCCGGCUCAAUAUGGCAGACUGGGUUUACAACUGGUCCCAGUAAGAGAUCGGCUGUCUGGCUUCAAACCUGCACAUUCUACUGAAACUGCCCUCAUUGCAGUUACAGAGAAGCUUCAUGCAGCAAAAGCUACUAACCUGUCAUCUGUUCUGAUUCUGCUUGAUCUCUCUGCUGCUUUCGACACGGUCAACCACAGCAUUCUCCUUUCCAUCCUCACCAGCCUUGGAAUCACUGGCUCUGCAUGGCAGUGGUUUGCAUCGUACCUGGAGGACCGUUCCUACCAGGUUUCAUCCCGCAUCUCAGCAUGUCUCAAUGAUGUCUCGAUGUGGAUGAGUUCUCAUCACCUAAAACUCAACCCCAGCAAGACUGACCUUCUGUUCAUCCCAGGAACUACAAGCCCUCACAACAAUCUCUCCAUCUCUUUCGAGAACUCACUGGUCACUCCAUCGGCAGAAGCAAGAAGCCUCGGUGUAGUAAUGGAUGACCAGUUAUCGUUCUCGAGCCAUAUUGCAAAUCUGACUCGGUCAUGCAGAUUUCUCCUGUACAACAUCCGAAGAAUUCGACCGUUUCUGUCUCAGGAUGCCACUCAGGUGCUUGUGCAGUCUCUUGUCAUCUCAAGACUUGACUACUGCAACUCUCUACUGGCUGGUCUUCCACUGCGAGCCAUCAAACCACUACAGUUAAUUCAGAACGCGGCAGCACGACUCGUCUUCAAUCUUCCGAAGUUCAGUCAUGUGACUCCUUUGAUGCGUUCCCUCCACUGGCUUCCUGUUGCCGCCCGCAUCCGAUUCAAAACCCUGACGCUGGCCUACAAGGCAAAAAACGGACCAGCACCUUCAUACCUGAUGGCGAUGGUCAAAGCCAGAUCUGCACCAAGAGCUCUUAGAGCUUCCAGUACGGCUCGGCUCGAACCUCCAUCACUCAAAACACACAGAAAACAGACAUCCAGACUCUUCUCUGUGCUGGCACCAAGGUGGUGGAAUGAACUUCCACUGGAUGUCAGAACAGCAGAGUCACUCGCGGUCUUCAAACGUCAACUGAAGACACAUCUUUUCAAAGAGUUCCUAAACUAAAAAAAAAAAAAAAAAAAAAAAAAAAGGUUCCUAGGGUUCUUAACAUGAUUAAGUUCUAUGUAUCUCUUGAUCCUAGUCUACAAAUUAGCUUUGGAUAUCUUAAGUAACUUUGAAGCACUGUUGUAAGUCGCUCUGGAUAAGGGCGUCUGCUAAAUACCAUAAAUGUAAAUGUAAAUGUAA